AUGGAAAUUACAAAUCAAGAAUCUGAAAGUGAUUUUCUAGAUGAUGAGGUUGCAGAAAUUAUUGUAGAUUUGUCGUCAAGUGAUAAUUCUGAAGCUUCCGAAAUAGCCCAGUCCAUAGAAAGGUAUAUUCAAAUAAUUAAUGAACCUGUUGCAACAGAAGGAAUGCUCAAUGAUGAAGAAAUAAUUACUAUGGUUCAAGCUGAAGAAAAUGAACAAGAACAAGAAAGUGAUGAUGAUGAAGAGCCUCCUCCUCCUCCUGUUACAGCCAAAGAGGUGUAUAAUGCAAUAUAUACUGUUUUAUGA